CAUAGAUCCGCCCCUGAGUGUGGUCCCGUUACACUGCCUUGUUGAUUGGUUAUGGCGAAAAAAGGGUCAAUGGAAUGACAGUGUAAUUUCUUCCGAUAAAUAUAGCUUUGAAAUUUGUUGAUUGGAUAGCAAAUUGCUUAGGUAUAUACAGUUGAAUCUUUAUCAGGCAAGGUCAAGGUAGAUGGGGGAAGAGAGUUCAAAAUCCAAGAGUUCAUACACCAAAGAGACAGUCAUCUCCGAAGAUUUAGCUGAGGAGGCCGCUUUCUUGGUGGAUCGUCUCCUCAGCCGCGUGCAACUCCACGGGGACAACUUUCCGGCCCAAUAUAAAUCUUUCUCUGAACUCACUCGCGGCUGCCUCAAGGUCCACAGCAUCCAUCCUGGCAAAGUCUCCUGCAUUCUAUCUGUCAAAUCUGCAAUCUCGAAUAUUUAUCGUAGCAUGCAUGGAGGAGCAGUUGGAGCUGUCGCAGAGAGGGUGUCAAUUGCCUGUGCUAGAACUGUUGUAGGAAAGGAUAAGAAGCUUUUUCUUGGAGAAUUGAGAAUGUCAUAUCUUUCUGCUGCUCCAAGCAACGCAGAGGUGGUCGUAGAUGGGUCGAUCACUAAGAGUGGAAGGAACAUAACUGUAGUUGCAAUUGAUUUUCGGCUCAAGGACUCGAGGAAAUUGGUCUACACCUCGAAUGCAACAUUCUAUCACAUGCCUGUAGCAAGUUUAUGAACUUCAACUCAACACAUUACGUAGAUACAUUUGCUAAACCCGUUCAGCAGCUCCAGCUCAUGUACAAUAGCAAAUCAUUGAUAUAAUCUCAAGACUCAUAUAUGUAAUCACCAAAUCAAUAUCUCGUAUUAUCUGAAAUGCCCUUAGUUGUCUUCUGUAUCUUCUUUGUAACUAAGCGUUGCUUGUUGGAAUACACAAUUGAACCAUGAAUUAUUGAAAGAGAACGAAGUGAAAGUCAUGUACAUCAAUCUUGUAUAAGCUGUGUCCAAUGAAACUCAACUUUAACUGCAGUGCUGUAUUACUACUUAAUACUGUAACAAUGACAAUGAGAUGACACAGAUCUUUUGAAAAA